GUCUGUGGCUCAGUGGGGAUGAGGCCCCAGAAACACCUGCUCUGAGGCAGCCCAGGUGGGCGGGUCUGGGGGGGCCAAACCAGCAGAGUUAUGGCAGCUCGGCUCAGACAUCAGCACCGGUCGGACUCCUGGGUUCCCGGCCCGGCACUCUCAUGGACUCGCCACUGACAGAGCUCGCGGUCAGGAAACCCUUGGCUUACGUUUCACAAGCUGUCUUGUGUGUGUAGGAGCUAUUCCUGGUAUUUUGGUGGGUCACACCAAAAUGGUGGCUAUCCACCAAAGUAACUCUAGGUGGCGGAUUUACUCUACCUAGGAAGAUUUAAGAUGCAGAGGGCUUUCUCCACCAGCUUCUAAUAAAGUGAGCUCAGGUUCCCAAACAAACACAGUUAGUAACAAUCUUUUGCACUUCCUUCAAUUUUUCAUUAAGUAAGUUUAUGAAUAUGAUCAUAUGAUACAAUAGCAGGGGACUGGACUCUGACCCAGGAGGUCCCUUCCAGUCCUAUGUUCCCAUCCUUACUCAAAAAGGCUGAGGGUUUAUUAGCUUUCUCUUGCAUGCCUUUGGAUGCAUGUAUAAGCAGCUUUUGCUCUACUGCCUUGAUUUACAAAGUCAGCCAGGUGGAAUGUUAUUCAUUAUUUGUAGUGUAGUAGCUCCUAGGGCCCUGAUCCCAGCCCCGUUGGGCUAGCUGCUGUAGAUGCAACAAUGGCCCUGCCGUAGAAAAUUUACUCUCUGCCUCUGGAUGUAACCAUAUGUGAUGGCAGACUCCCCCUACCCUGAGAUAUAUACAAUUCAGGAUAUAGAAUUCAGACAAGAGCUCUCGCCUGCUGCUACACCUCACAUGCUGUAAAGAUACACACCUGGAUAUCUGACACUAAGCUGUGUGGCAGCAAGGGGAUUGCACAUACCCUGCUGGGCGUGUGUGAUUUAAAAUAAAAGUCGCUGCCAUCUUGAUUUAAGAACACAAGAACGGCCAUACUGGGUCAGACCAAAGGUCCAUCGAGCCCAGUAUCCAGUCUACUGACAGUGGCCAGUGCCAGGUGCCCCAGAGGGAAUGAACAGAACAGGUAAUCAUCAAGUGAUCUAUCCCCUGUCGCUCAUUCCCAGCUGCUGGCAAACAGAGGCUAGGGACAUCAUCCCUGCCCAUCCUGGCUAAUAGCCAUUGUUGGACCUAUCCUCCAGGAAGUUCUCUAGUUCUUCUUUGAACCCUGUUAUAGUUAUGGCCUUCACAACAUCCUUUGGCAAGGAGUUCCACAGGUUGACUGUGCUUUGUGUGAAAAAAAUACUUCCUUUUGUUUGUUUUAAACUUGCUGCCUAUUAAUUUCAUUUGGUGACCCCUAGUUCUUGUGUUAUGAGAAGGAGUAAAUAACACUUCCUUAUUUACUUUCUCCACACCAGUCAUGAUUUUAUAGAUCUCUAUCAUAUCCCCACUUAGUCGUCUCUUUUCCCAGCUGAAAAGUCCCAGUCUUAUUAAUCUCUCCUCAUACGGCAGCCGUUCCAUACCCCAAAGCAUUUUUGUUGCCCUUUUCUGAACCUUUUCCAGUCCAAUAUAUCUUUUUUGAGAUGAGAAUACUGCACACAGUAUUCAAGAUGUGGGCGUCCCAUGGAUUUAUAUAGAGGACUUUGAUCGCAAAUCAAGUCAGCUCCUCUAGCUGUGAUUCAGCCUGGGGUGACUGAAGAUUUUGGAUCUUACAGUUGCCUGAGCUCAUACCAACAGGAGGGGAGGGCGUGGGUGGGAAAAUGCCCGACCGCGACAACUACAACAAUGGCAGUAGCAGCGAUGAGGCGGGCGCCAACUCCGACGACAUCUGCCGCGACUUCCUGCGCAACGUCUGCAAGCGAGGCAAGCGAUGCCGCUUCCGGCACCCCGACAUCAGCGAGGUCACCAACCUGGGCGUGCGCAAGAACGAGUUCAUCUUCUGCCACGACUUCCAGAACAAGGAGUGCGUGCGCCUCAACUGCCGCUUCAUCCACGGCACCAAGGAGGACGAGGACUGUUACAAGAAGACGGGGGAGCUGCCCCCGCGCCUGCGCCAGAAGGUGGCGGCUGGGCUGGGCCUCUCCCCAGCGGACCUGCCAAACAGCAAGGAGGAGGUGCCGAUAUGCAGGGACUUCCUGAAGGGCGACUGCCAGCGGGGAGCCAAAUGCAAGUUCCAGCACUUGCAGCGGGAGUACGAGUAUGAGGCCCGGGUCAUCGCGGCCCGGGAGCCGGGCAUUGCCACCACCGUGCGCCGCUAUGACCCCUACGACGUCAUGUACGACCCCGACCGCUACGACGACCACGACCCGGUGCUGAAGCGGAGGCGGGUGGACGGGCUGCACUUCGAGACCUACGAGUACAGCUUCACCAGCCCGCGCACGGUGGAGUACCGGCUCCUGGAGGAGGAGAACGUCCUGCUGCGCAAGCGCGUGGAGGACCUCAAGAAGCAGGUCAACAACCUGCUGGCGACCAACGAGGUGCUGCUGGAGCAGAACGCCCAGUUCCGGAACCAGGCCAAAGUCAUGACUCUCAGCUCCACCGCCACGGCCACCGAGCAGACCCUGGCCCCAACCGUGGGCACUGUCACCAGUUAUAACCACAGCAUUGCCCAGACCCACACCACGCUCAGCAGCCAGGCCCUUCAGCCACGGCCUGUCACCCAGCAGGAUUUGGUGGCUCCGGCCGGAGCCCAGGCAGCACCCCCCACCAACGCGGCACCCCCCAUGAACCCGGAAAUCACCCCGCUCUCGGCUGCUCUGGCUCAGACCAUUGCGCAGGGCAUGGCUCCUCCAGUCUCCAUGGCGCCCGUGGCGGUGUCGGUGGCACCCGUGGCGGUUUCGAUGGCGCAGCCGCUGGGAGGGAUAACCAUGAGCCAUGCCACCACGCCCAUGGUGACGUACCCCAUCGCGUCGCAGAGCGUGAGGAUAACGGCCAUGCCGCACUAACGCCCCCAGAGGGCCCCGCGCACUGCCGGGGGCCGGUGCCGUUCCGAGCCGCCCCCGGCAGGCAGAGGGGCUGCUUCGCUGGCAGGACUUGCUCCUUCCUUUGGGGAGACAGAAACCGAGGAGGGAGAGAAUUGAACUGAAACCCUUGGAAACCUCUCUCUCCUUCGGGAGAGGCCUUUUAGGGGGUGGGCUUUCCACCCUGGAGGCGAAUGACUUGGAUUUCCCUUAACCCCUAGCCGCCAUGCGUGGUCUUCCACAAGGCAGGAGAAUUCAGGGACGAAGGGCUUUAAUGCCACACGAUUCGAAGGGUACAGUAACCUUAGAGCUUUUGCCCGUCACGUAUCUUUGCCCGAAUACCUGCCCCUCUGUACCCACUGCGCUAGUCCCUCCAUAGCCCUGCGAGUUCAGGAACUCAGUAUAUCGCCUGGCUAUGACAGUAUCAUUUCACUGACAGGACACACCAGAACGGAGGCUGUAGGGAAAUCACCCCCAAGGGCGGGAUCCCCUGGCUUGCUGCUCUCUAAUAGAGACACUCCUGGGCUUCCCUGGGCUCAGGCAGAAUCAGGGAAGCGAGACCCGGGGGACAGCACCUCCCCCAGAGAUGGCAGAAAGGCUGGCUCCGUCUGGCAGCCCUCUCCUAGGGGGAAUGGCCCUGGGGCAGCUUUGCCUGGUGAUGAAAUGGUUAAAUCCCCAAUAGGAUUUGGGUUCAUAUGUAAACUCAGCCCUGUUGCUUUAAAACAGGGCAACACAACUUAGACUCUAGGAAACUGUCUCUACAGUGGCCUUGAGAGCAUCCCUGUUCCAGUCACCCCUCCAGGGAGAGGGUGGUGCAUUCCUAGGACCAUCCGAAUCCCAAAGAGGGGUGGGGGGACUUGCCAAUUCCAGCAGAUGUUGUUGCUGAAUUGCUCACAAACCCCAGGGUUGGAAAUAAACCCAGCCGCACCCUGCAGCCUGGUGGGGGUGGGGCGCUAGUUAAAUGUGAUAGCAUCUGACCCCGCUUCGCCUAGCAGCUUGUGGGGCGGGGAUUGCAUUCUACUUGAGGUCAUGGGUUGAAAUAAAAUCAUCUCUGUUGCUGUUUGAAUUGUCAGGGCUUCUCCAGUCACCUCCCGAGGCAUGGCAUAGCUCGCUGAAAGGAGACCAGGCUUGGACAGCGAUCCUGCCAGGCCCCUGAGCACCCUCCAUUCCCCUGAUGCCUGCUGAGGUGCUCGGCAGACCUGUUCAUCAGUUCCCUCUGGAGCUGUUGGGAUUGGCAAAUGUGAGCAAAUCCACCCGUGCCCUGAGCAAGCCCUCACACCCUUCGCCAUCCACCAGCCACUUCUGUGCCUGAGCCUCCCCAACCCAAGACUACCAUCUGCCUCUUACGGCCAUUUACUCUGUUCACUCCGUUCACACGUCCUCAAAGGAACCUGGUUCAAAGAGACCCCUCCCUCCUCGUAUGCAGUAUUUUUGUUUCUAAAACCGAAGCUCACCCACGGGUCUAGAAUAGCUUUUGCGUAGUUAUGUCUGGGUUUGAUGUUUUUUUUUUUUAAGGAGAACUUAAAGAGUAGGAGAAUGCUUUACAGCAGGAGCUCUUUCUAAGGGUGCUGAACUUCGUAAGUCUAGCGUUUUAGUUCUGUGACUACAGUGUAAAGUUUUCAGCUAUUAAAAGAAAACGUACAGCCCCUGACCGAUACA